GUGAGUACAUGAUUCUGUGAUUCCGAUUCUAACUUUUAACGAACAAGAACCACAAUCAAUGUUUGCAAAAAAAAAAAAAAAAAAGAACCACAAUCAAUUCCAAAUACUAGUAGUCGGACUCCGUAUAUAACUAAACAAGGCAUUCCCCGACUCCGUAUUAUAUACUCACGUCGUUAAGACUUAAGGGAGGUUUGGAGUCGCAACUCCAAAGCCGAUCAGUUCGGAAUUCGGAUGGCUGCUGGGUUAGGAAAGAAGAUGAGUAGGAGGAGGAUGAGAAGCAAAAUAAACGGAGUUUUCCACGACGAUGUUCUGGUGGAGGUCCUGCAGCGUGCCCCGCCUGACUCGGUGGCGCGUUGUAAAGCCGUGUGCAAGCGGUGGCGAGACCUAAUUUCGACUCCUUUUUUCUUCGACCGUUUUCGCGGCCACCACCAGCUCAUGAGCCGCGAAGUGGAGUGCGUCGCCACCCGCUGCUCCACCGCGGCGCAUCUGUUCCUGUUUCAUCCUCACUUUGAGCGCCUAUUUUCCCUGGACUUCCUCCCCUUUUACGAAGCAUCAAUAAAUUGGAAAUUCGUGAUGGGUUUCUGCGAAGGCUUGUUGUUAUUGUGCGAUCCAAGGAACAUAUAUCAUCUGUUUUACUACAUAGUUAACCCGAUCACCAAGACCUGGGCCGGUCUCCCCGCAGCGCCGCCGUGGGUACAUAGAUAUUUGGAUGUAAUUGUGGGCUUCGCUUAUUACCCGGACCUUCCCCGCCCCCGCUUCAAGAUUGUCCGAAUUCUUCUACCCCGGAAGCACAGACGGGCGUCGGGUUUUGAAGUUGUGACCUUUUGCUCCGAGACAGGAAAGUGGGCUCAGGGAACAGUGACAUUUCCCGAGCCCAUCGUCUGGACGUGCUUCAUGGCUUUUCAACACGCCGUUUUCUACCAAGGGUACCUGCAUUGGAUGGAUGAGGAGAUGCGGGCAAUUCUUUACGAUGUCGAAAACGACAAGAUCGCUUGUAUCCUGAAUCGGCCCAAGGAGGCCGCCUUGGAGGCGGAGGGACUAUUUUGUUUUGGUCUGUGCAGUGGCCGGUUUUACGCGGCGGCGCUGCACUAUGCCACAUUGAGGAUAUGGGAGCUGAAGCACCAGGGGCACGGGCGGCCGGAGUGGACUAUGCAGCGGCAGGUACAUCUGCAAGACGGCAGCAGCAUCAAGCACGGCCGGGAGUGGCUGCCUGUAAUAUCAACUUUACGCCUACCAUUGCUGGCUAUUCAUCCCUUGGAUAUCAAUGUUGUUUAUAUACGUAUUCAAAAUGAGGUUAUUUCUUGCAAUUUGAGAACCAAAACCCUGAAAUUCUUUUGCAAGAUACCUCCGCCAACUAAAUACAAUUUGACACACAGCAUCAUGCUUCCGCCCUGGCCAACUCCCAUACCCCAAAUUUUCAACUCAACUGAUCCAGGAAAAGUGAUUGAUGGAGCAUAAUCCUAUUACUAGCCAUAAGGUCCAUAACCUUUGUUUGAUGAAGGAGAUAUGAGAUCAUUUAGUUAAAUUAGAGCACUAAUGUACA